AUGGCCUAUUCGUCCCCACGCCACUCUCAGAAUUUCUACCAGUACGAUGCAUCGACACCUCCACCGCCUCCGCCAAAGCCAGGACGUUCGAGUGGGAAUGCAACUCCAUCACAGGGGCCUCCAUUGCCCCCACCCCCACCAGGUCAAUCAUCGUACUCGGGAGAUCAGCAACAAAAUCCACAUGCACAGCAGCAGUAUUCACAGAUAGGAUCAGAGCAGCCGACUAUCCAACCGCCGGAUGAUGGCUGGCUACCUGACGUGCUCAAGGACAAACCGACCAAGGACUUGCAUCAUGUGCUUCAGACGUCAGAACUACAACAUGCUAUAGUCCACAGCCCUGAAACAACACAUUCAUCACUACCUGCAUCUAUCGCCCCCCUCCAGGCGCUUCUUGCACAGAAUGUAGGCUUGGCGGAAUCACUCAAACAGCUGGAAGCACAUGUCCAGCAUCAGCGUGAUGGAACACAGUCGCGUCUACUAGCACUUCGUGCUCUGGAACGCCAGUGGAAAGCAAAGCAGGCUGAACAGGACGAAGCUCUUCGAGAAUUCAGUCCUCCAGCCCUGUAUCAACGACUAAGUGCGUCAGUAGGUGAGCAAGAGGCCCUAUGCCGAGGACUGGAAGAGAGCUUUCUCGAAGGCGAAGGCUUUGGCGGUGGGGAUGCCGUUGCUAGUGACCGAGAGGUGACGGACUUUGUGAGGCGGUUGAGAGAAGGCCGAAAGAUUGCCUACCUUCGAGCAGAACGCAAGGAGCGAUGGGACGAGGGCCGGGUCGGUGGUUGGCGAUGA